AUGAUCAAACCAAAGAAAGAGGAAGGUAGAGCUGGUACAGAUAUGUUGCAAGACCUUAGGAUUUAUCCCCCUUUUUCGGUCACCACUAAAGUGAAAUGUAUGAAUUGGGAACCUCCUGCAAUUAACAAGGUAAAAUUAAACUUUGAUGGGACUUCCAAGCAAAAUGGCCUUUCUAGUGGUGGGAUGAUUUUAAGGGAUUCUAAGGGGCAUGUUUUGUUAGCCGCUGCUGCAGCUUAUGGGAUUGGCUCUAAUAUGAAAGCAGAAUGUCUGGCCUUAUUGGAUGCUCUAAAAAUGAUUAUGCAUCAUGGUUUGGGUACUUCUCAGCUUGUUUUGGAAUCUGACUCUCAAGUAUUGGUUAACGUGGCGCUGGGGGUGGUUGAGGUUCCAUGGCUGCAGGCUGGUAGGUAUUCUGAUUUUUCUGAUAAUGGUACUCUGCCUAGUACUGGCAGAUUACUUCUACAACAAUACCAAGGAAUGAUAGCUUCUGCUAGACUAAACAAGGGUGUUGAGGCCUUGGUGAUGUGCUGCUGUAUUUAUGGCGUUGGAGCAGGGUUCCCUACUGAUUUAGGGUCAUUUUUCAUUUUGCUGAUUUUUCUCUCUGCUGUGGGUCUUGUGCUCUGUUCAUGCGACUGUUCACGUGUAUGGCGUUUCUCUGCUGCUAUUGCUUUCUGUCCAGCUGGUCCUCUUCUGUUUGGAUCCUGUUCAGCUGGUCUGCUGGGGAGUGAUGGUGGCCUUUCUGGUCCAUUGGCAUUCAUUGAUGGUUGCUGCUGGAUCAGUCCAGCUUUUCUCCUUGAUGGUUCUCUCUCGGCUGCUUUUAUGGCAUACUGUCCCAUACAUCUUGAGCUGUUUUUCAGCUUUUUCUGCGCCUUCAGCUGGAUUGCUCCCCAAUUUGCUGCUGUUUUUUUGGUUCUCUGCGGGCUCUUUAAAGGUUCCUCAGCUGGUUUUCCUCGGGUCCCUUUCACUUUCGCCUCUCAGCUGGUCCUCUCAUGCUGCUGGUUUGAUGGUUCUCAUUGCAGUCAGUUGGAGCCUUUAUUCUCAGCUGGUCUUUACGGGACUCCACCUGUUCUCCCUGGUUCUUUUCAGCUGCUUUAUGGUCUGGCUGCUUUGAUGCCUGUUAGUCUUUCAAUGUUAGGGGCAGUUUGGCUCUGUUCAGCUGGUCUCCAGCUGGAUUCCCAGCUGGAUUUAAUGUUUUUCAGCUGGUCUUCAGCUGCUCAUUUUGCUAUUUUAUUUUGA